AUGCGCACUUCCUUGUUGUGAGAGCCUGCUAGCAGGAUAAGUCAAGCCUAUACUCACCACGACGCUGCCAGCAACUUGUGCAAACUUCCCCGAUCAAAUACAGUACUUCCACUUCGACGGAUGCCCGGUCGAUAUAGUCUGUAUGUAGUGUGUAAUGUUGUAGGUGUAGGUGUGAAGCGCAGGCAUCCUCCCCUUCGGCGGGUGUGAUCGCGUGUGUCAUCGUGGUUUACAUAGUACCUUAGGCGUAAAAUGUCCGGCGUUGGAUUUUUAGGAUUUCGACAACAAUCCCGUCAAGCGGGGGGAAAACAAACCGUUGAAUCUUCAUCGGCUUUUUGCGAACUGCAUCAUCAUAUUUGUAGUAGAUAUAUAGUCCAUAGCAUAGCAUAGCAUAGCAUAGCUCCCCACGGUUUAUAGCAUGCACAAGAUGACAAUGCGCCCGACAUCGUCGCGGCCAGACCCGCUGUCCACUCUAUCCACCACUCCAACUUCGAACUCACUCCUACCGCCAUCCUUACCAACACCUCUGAAUUCAAUCUCCACCAACUCGCCAACCAAGCUUCGCGCCCACUUCGGGCAUCAUGGCGGCCUUCAUCACGGCGCCCAAGGCAAACCUGAUAGAGGCGGAUUGGCUGGAGCUGGGGCAGCUGGCCCAGGAGCGGGAAAUGUGAUGGCGGGAGCUGGUGGGGACUCGGAAUUUCAGCUCCAGGUCAAGCAUGCUAUUAUAGAGAAGUCGCCGGUCAGGCUGAACACGUAUGAGCCGAAGGAUGUGGCGACGCGGACGGAGUUGGUUAUGACAAUGAAGGAGUCGAAUGCUGCGAGAUUGGCUCGGCUGCAGAAGAGAACGGAAAUUCUCAAACAGGGUUUCUGUUCAGAUCCCAAAGAGUCAUACAGACCUCUCGGCGAUCCUAUACUCGACUCCAGCAACCUUAUCUACACUGCUCUGCGGAUAGACCCCAAUGCCGUGCAAACAUCAGCAGUAACCAACAUCGCGGAAGCUACACAUGACAUCAAGGAAAUAAGGAAGUCGGUGGGGCGGAGGACUACAGAAGUAUCGCCGCGACACAAUAAUGGGUUUUCCCUGAUCAAAGGAAAGCUGGCAAAAUCGAAGGGGAGGAUUGAUGCUGUGAAGUUUGGGAUCCCCUUUUCGCAAACCGUUGAUGACAGCUCAUGGCGGCAUCGUGCGGAUGCCGCAAAAUCGAGGAAGGCGGCCGCGUCGUUGGAGGAGGGCGAAGUGGACUGGCACAACCUGAAGAUCGACACGGACAAGCAAGCAUACUUCCAAAACGUUCUGGAGAGGGCAAUACCCGGGUUCAUAUCGCAAACGCAAAAGCGGAAAAAGACCCCUCGAACCAACAUGACCGUCGCCCGCGACUUACCCCGUGAGCCAGAGCGAUGGGGCACGCCGACACAUAAGCGACCACUGUCAGCAGAGUCCGCAAAUGGGGCGGAUGCCGAUCACAUGAAAGGAGCCGACUCAUUGAUUGGGUCCAACUCGUCUUUGGCUGCGUCCGCCACGGCGUUUGGUGGGGUCCGUCAUAAGUCAAAGGUGGCGGCACUGACGCCGAAAGCGAUGGAGCAGGCGCUGAAUAUAAACCGCGACGAUCGAGGGAAUAUGGCGACGGAUCAGUACUACACGACCCGGGAGCAUUUCUACGAACAGCAAAGGCGACUGACGCAGGUCCUUCUAGACGACCUAAAUAGGCUGGACUUCGAGCGGAAAUCGCACUUCCUUCGCAAAUACAAAGCGCUGAAAGUUGGAAAGAACAACACAAUGUUCUCCGACGAUAUCGCUGCCAUGCGACAGCGAGCGAACGCGCAACGAGAUGCAGAAAAGGCCCGCGCGUUACGGCAACAUCCGUGGUAUACUGAGCUUGUCACCAAGGUUGUUUUUACAGGUGUCAAGAAACACGCCUCAGAGUACGAGGCGUUAUUGCUGGGACGUGUCAAAUGCGUGAUCGAAGACGGCCUCCCCUUCGCUCAAAACACCUUCGUGGGACUCAUGAAAGUGAUACCGGCUCACGAAUUCAUGAAGGACGACAUUCAGCGUAUUCUGCGAUUUGUGAAAGCUCACGCAAGCAUUUCGGAACGAGAGUAUCUGGAGGCAAUCGAUAUGGCGGGGCACAUGGAGAACUACAAUGCCAACGCGCAGGCUGCGGCGGCUGGAGGGGCUGGCGGCCAGGUUUGAUGUUAGCGCCGUCAGGUUGGAGCAUUAGGGGUAGGUGGGUAGUAUACGCACGUCGCGUUAGAUUGAUUUUCAGAUAUAGAGCCUAGCAUUCGAAUAGUGUAGUAUGCAACGAAUAUCUAUAUCUCUCCAUGCGCUUUGCUGGAGAUUUUGCUCAAAAGACACCGCAUCCACUGCUUGGC